CCGAGGCAAACAAAGCCGCCGCACUGAGCGGCGGACACCAACCAACCUCGGAGGUUCCUGUGCCGGGGCACUGCCGUUUCCCAGCUACCCCCGCGCCUGCGAGCGACGGCGGCCGCAGAGGCCAAGUUUAGUGAGCGGAAGAGCAACGCGCGCGCUCUUCCCGGCUCCUCCUUUGCGGGGUCUGAGGUGGCUGGGGAUCUUCAGCCGACCUCGAAGUGGGAGCAGGAUGAAGCAAGGGGGCGACGAUGGCCGGCUCUUUUUCCGCGGAUUCCAGGGCCGCUCCCACGAGAAGGUGAAGCUGCGAAAGAGAAAGUCAACUUUGUACCUCAGCCCCCGGAAGAGCAGCGAGCGCCGCGGAGAUCUUCUUGGUGAAAACGUUUAUUUGGUCUCAUUUACCAUAGCAUUACGAAUAUGUAACUGUUUUUUAGUCCAGACAAGUUUUGUUCCAGAUGAAUAUUGGCAGUCUCUUGAAGUUGCACAUCACAUGGUUUUCAAUAAUUAUGGUUAUUUGACCUGGGAAUGGACAGAAAGAUUGAGGGGUUACACAUACCCCUUAAUCUUUGCAAGCAUUUACAAGAUUCUGCAUCUUUUGGGAAAAGAUAGUGUUCAGCUACUGAUUUGGAUUCCUAGACUUGCCCAAGCACUCCUAUCUGCUAUAGCAGACAUCAGACUCUACUCCUUAAUGAAGCAACUAGAAAAUCAGCAAAUGGCAAGAUGGGUGUUUUUUUGCCAGUUAAGCUCUUGGUUCACAUGGUAUUGCUGUACCAGAACUCUUACAAACACCAUGGAAACUGUUCUUACUAUAAUUGCUCUUUUCUACUAUCCUUUGGAAGGUUCAAAGUCUAUGAACAGUGUCAAGUACUCCUCCCUGGUGGCACUUGCCUUCAUAAUUCGUCCCACAGCAGUCAUUCCAUGGAUACCUUUGGUCUUCAGACAUUUCUGGCAAGAACGAAAAAAGCUUAAUCUUAUUCUGCACCAGUUUUUACCUAUAGGGUUUGUCACUUUAACUUUGUCUCUGAUAAUUGAUCGUAUUUUUUUUGGUCAAUGGACCUUGGUUCAGUAUAACUUUUUGAAAUUUAACGUGCUGCAGAAUUUGGGAACAUUUUACGGUUCUCAUCCAUGGCAUUGGUACUUCAGUCAAGGAUUUCCAGCUGUCUUGGGUACUCACUUACCCUUCUUUAUUCAUGGCUGCUUUCUGGCCCCAAAGAGGUACCGAAUACUUUUGGUAACUGUGCUGUGGACACUGCUAAUUUAUAGCAUGUUGAGCCACAAAGAAUUCAGGUUUAUCUAUCCAGUUUUACCAUUUUGUAUGGUGUUUUGUGUUUUCAGUAACCUGCGGUCAGCCGCGGUCGAGAAGAUGAUCCCCUUUCUGACCUAGCUUCAGGUCAGUAGUAGCCUAACGCUAUGUCACGAUGCCUGCAUCAUUCACCAUACUUCAUUUCAUCACAUAGGCAUUUUACCAUCUCACAUCAUCACAAGGAAGAUGGCUACAGUAAAAUAAAUUUUGUGACCACAUCCAUAUAACUUUCAUUACAGUGUACUGUUACAAUUACUGUAUUUUACUAAUGUUAUUAACCUUGUACCAUGCCUAAUUUGUAAGUUAAACUUCAACACAGGAGUAUAGGAAAAGAGUAAGGGUUCUGUACUAUCGGCAGUUUUAGGCAUCCAUGGAGGGGUCUUGGAAUGGAUCCCCCACAGAGAAGGGGGGAACUACUGUUCAGACAGUAAGUUUUUAUUCUCAUGGAAAUUACAUGAGAGGCUGAAGGAUUUCUGUAAGUGGUUUACAGAAGAAAGCUUGUAUUUGCAGAAUCUUCAAGUAAUUGGCAGAGGGAGUUUCACAUUUCAGGUUAGGUAAUGCUUACGUUACAUUGUGCUAUCCAUCCCAUUCUGAAGCUAGCUCAUUUUAGGGUGGAUCUUUUCAGUGAGAAGGGUGUGUGUAUAUGAUUUGUACAUACAAUUACACAGACUUACUGGAUGGCAGCUACUAGGAUCGUGUUACCUUUUGUGAAUACUGAAGAAACCAUACUGCUUCCCUGUAAGAAAACCAUGAAUCUUAAGCUUCUCUUGUGGUGCAGACUAAGCGCUGCAGCUGUAAUGUAUUUCCAGCUCUCCAUUUAACAACUGCCAGUUUUUGAAAUCCCCUUGGUAAUGUUCAGUGUCAGAUAGUUUGAAAACCCUGGGAGUAUUCAAAUUCAAGUCUAUUCAACUGUUCCUUCUUCCCUUCUCUUCCCAGCAUUUUCUAUAUAUUUUUUCCCCAAAGAGGGAGAUUCAGUUCUCUCUGACAGGAUCCAUCCUAAUAUCACCACAGAGAAAAUAUAAGCAUUACCUAAUUUAAGACUCUUCUCUUUACUGAAACUGCUGGAAAUACAAGCACAUUUUCUUCCAGCAUUCUACCCACAAUG